GUCGAACUGUUUUGUAUCAUUGUUUGAAACACGACCGUUUCUUAAAAAAUGUUUUGUGAAGUUGUAUUUUUCCCUAUUCAAACCAAAAAGCAUGCUAAUGAGCUGAACUGCAGCUGCCCAGGUAUACCCCAGGAGGAUCCAUGAGCAGUGUGUUUGAGUGGCGGGCUGUGUUAGAGAUGUACUCGCCACAGAGGAAGGACUUUGUCUCUCUGACGCUGGGAGACCAACACAACCGCAGCUACACCAACGGCAAGCACCGGAGGCAGUCCUGCUGGAGGAAAUGGAAGCAGCUGUCUCGGCUUCAGCGCAGUCUGAUUCUUUUCCUGCUGGCCUUCCUCUUCAUCUGUGGGAUUCUUUCCUAUUCCAGUCUGUCGGAGCAGUGGAGAGGGCUCUCUGACAGAUCGUUGAAAGAGGACUGGGUUGAAAUGGAAAACAGAGGUCUCAGGCCCAUUCCUCCUGGCCUCGUCCCAAAGCUCCCACCAGGAGUUGUCCCUGAUGUCCUGGAUGUCCCACCAGAAGUGCUGCCAGAGCUUCAAAGACCAAGCAUUCCAAUACUUCCCAAACCUCCAGCUAUGCAGAGGAAGCCCCCUAGCAAGCGUGGUCCUCCAGCUCUACAGAAGCGAGGGAAUGUGUCAGAUUGGCAGGUGAAAGAUAGAGAAGAACCCGAACCCGAGAUCAAGAGAGAAGACGACGGAGGGAAAGAAGCAAAAACAGUCAUUAGCUGGCGCGGGGCAAUGAUCGAGGCGGAGCAGGGGACGGAGCUUCAGUCCACCGCCCAUGGGAAAGAAGGAACAGUGGCUGAUGCCGAGGGAGCUACCAACUUAGAACCAGUCACAGUGAAGCCCGUGGAUCAUGUAGAGGCGGUGCGGGAGGCUUUCAGGCACGCGUGGAAGGGCUACAAGGCUUUUGCGUGGGGUCAUGAUGAACUGAAGCCCAUAUCUAAGACUCAUGGAGAGUGGUUCGGUCUGGGCCUCACACUUAUAGAUGCACUAGACACCAUGUGGAUCCUUGGCCUGAAAGACGAGUUUGCAGAGGCGAGGAAGUGGGUCGAGACAGAAUUAUCUUUUUCCAAAAAUGUGGAUGUGAAUCUUUUUGAGAGUACCAUACGUAUUUUGGGGGGUCUCUUGAGCACAUACCACUUGUCCGGGGACACACUCUUUCUGGAAAAAGCUAAAGACAUUGGCUUCAGAUUAAUGCCUGCUUUCAAGACGCCAUCUAAAAUCCCCUACUCUGACGUGAACAUUGGUAAAGGAACCGCUCACCCUCCACGCUGGACCACAGACAGCACAGUCGCAGAGGUGACCAGCAUUCAGCUGGAGUUCAGAGAGCUCAGCCGACUCACACAGGACCCGCAGUACCAGAAUGCAGUGGAGGAGGUGACCAGACAGGUCCACAGAUUGGAGGGAAAGCGUGAUGGUCUGGUGCCUAUGUUCAUCAACACAAACAGUGGUAAAUUCACUCGGCGAGGGGCCUUUACGCUGGGGGCCCGUGCGGACAGCUACUACGAGUACCUGCUCAAACAGUGGCUACAGGGUGGAAAGAAAGAGACUGAGUUGCUGGAGGACUAUCUUCAGGCUGUAGAAGGUGUCAAAAAGAAUCUCUUGAGACAGACUUCUCCUAGUAAACUGACCUUCGUUGGGGAGCUGUCCAACGGCCGUCUCAAUCCCAAGAUGGAUCAUUUGGUGUGUUUUCUUCCUGGCACGCUGGCUCUCGGCGCUCACAACGGCCUGCCCGCUGAUCACAUGGACCUGGCUCUGCAGUUGAUGGAGACGUGCCAUCAGAUGUAUGCGCAGAUGGAGACGGGCCUGAGCCCAGAGAUCGCUCACUUUAACCUGCAGUACCAAAGCGGACGGGACAUCGAUGUGAAGCCUGCUGACAGACACAACUUGCUGAGACCAGAGACAGUAGAGAGUCUGUUCUACAUGUACAGAUUCACUAAUGACAGCAAAUACAGGGACUGGGGCUGGGACAUUCUGCAAAGUUUCAACAAGCACACCAGAGUCCCCAGCGGGGGCUACACCUCCAUAGGUAACGUCCGUGACCCGUUGAACCCCGCACCCAGAGAUAAGAUGGAGAGCUUCUUCCUGGGCGAGACGCUGAAGUAUCUCUUCCUCCUGUUCUCUGACGACACCGAGCUGCUCAGUCUGGAUAAGUACGUGUUCAACACCGAGGCCCAUCCACUGCCCAUAUGGCCCUCUGCCUCGUGAGGGUUUCAACAGGAAAUGAUGCAGGCUUCACAGGAAGUGACCCCUCAGAGCUGCUCUGCAGGAAUGUUCAGGUUAUGCAUUGA